UUUCAGUAUUUUGGGAGAUGGGGAAACUUUAGAUUUUGGAACUCAGUAGUACUAAACAGCUGGGUGCUUUUGAGUUUCGUGUUAUCUUUUUUUUUUUGCCCUUUUGGUUUUUGUUUUCCUGACUUGCGUGAAGUUUGUUUGGUGGUGGGUUUGGUUCUCAAGACUUGAAUGCUUGUGCAGCAGCAGCAGCAUACAAAAGCCUCGCCCUUUGGUCUCUUGUUACUGUUCCUCUGAGCGCUGAAAACUCCUCCUGAUUCCUCAAGCAAAAAACUUGAAUAGAUGGCGUAAGAUUUUGGUUGCAGGUUUUCAAACUUGAAGGGUAAAAAAAUAAUCUAGAAAAUAGGUGUUGUUGAUGUGUACAUGUUAGGUUUGGAACUUGAAGCUUUAAAGGCGUCCAAAGAGGUCUUGGUGGCAUGAAUCUUUAAUUAGCUUUUAAAAGAGGAAAACAAAGAAACAGAGUAAUCAGAAGAGAAAGAUUAAGAAAUAGUGGGGGAGUGUGGUGGAGUCAGAUUUGUGCUUGUGAGUGUCUCUGGUGUAUGAUAAUUGUUUAGUGUUUAAGAGUCUGUUGGUUAUGUCCCCUCCGCUGACUUGGUGCGCCCGGACUCCUUGGGCUUUGCCGCCGACCAAGGAAACACCCUCUUCUUUGGCUCUCUUGCCAUUCAAGAGAACCUUUUCUUAAAUAAUUGCACAAACCCCAUCUUCUCUUUCCCUUUCUUUCUCUCUCUUAGACUGCCUUGGUCCCUGUCAAGAUUCGGUCAUACCCCGCCUUUCAUAGAUAUAACCUCCCCCCACUCUUUGAGAUCCUUCUUUUCUCUCUUGGAGCUCAGGAAGUUGGAUUCUCUGGUCCCCACUUGUGGAGUCUUCCUUUCCAUUUCGAGCAACUCUUCCUCGAUAGAGAUGCAUUCUUAUUGGGUUUGUGUGGUGGUCUUGGUGUGAAGUAUUUGAUCAAGCAGUGACAGGUUGAGUAGUGGGGUAGUUUUGUUUCAAGGAAGUAGAGGAGCAGACCGUUGGUUGUCAAGAUGAAGUUUAUGAAACUUGGAUCGAAGCCGGAUUCUUUUCAAACUGAUGAAAAUAAUGUUAGGUAUGUCGCAACUGAUUUGGCAACAGACAUCAUUGUUAAUGUUGGAGAUUCAAAGUUUUACCUACAUAAGUUUCCUCUUCUAUCAAAGAGUGCCCGCUUACAGAAGUGGGUUGCAAACUCUAAUGAAUCAAACACUGGUGAAAUUUACAUUUCUGACAUUCCUGGUGGCCCUGCUGCCUUUGAGAUAUGUGCGAAGUUUUGUUAUGGCAUGACUGUCACCCUCAAUGCUUACAAUGUUGUUGUGUCUCGCUGUGCUGCUGAGUAUCUGGGGAUGCAUGAGUCUAUCGAGAAAGGAAAUCUCAUAUACAAGAUUGAUGUCUUCCUUAGCUCUAGCAUUUUCCGGAGCUGGAAGGAUUCCAUUAUUGUUCUUCAGACUACGAAGUCUCUUUUACCAAUAUCUGAGGAACUGAAGUUGGUCAGCCAUGGCAUUGACUCUAUCGCUACUAAGGCCUGCAUGGAUAUUUCAAAAGUUGACUGGUCCUAUACCUAUAACCGGAAGAAGAUCCAAGAGGAAAAUGGGAAUGAUCCAAAUUGGAAUGGUGUAAGAAAUCGUCCAGUUCCAAAAGACUGGUGGGUUGAAGAAUUGUGUGAGCUUGAGAUUGAUUUAUACAAGCGUGUUCUAGCAAAUAUUAAAACCAAAGGGGUACUAUCUGGUGAAGUAAUAGGAGAGGCCUUGAAAGCUUAUGCUUACAGAAGGCUGCCAGGUUUCAGCAAAGGUAUGAUCCAGGGUGGAGAUAUGACAAAGCAUCGAUCAGCAGUGGAUGCAAUUGUCUGGCUGUUGCCUGAAGAGAAAGGCACUGUCUCUUGUAGUUUCUUGCUCAAAAUGUUGAAAGCAGCUAUAUUUGUGGAUUCUGGAGACACGACUAAGGGAGAGCUGGUAAGGAGAAUAGGGCAGCAACUGGAGGAGGCUUCUGUAAAUGAUCUUAUGAUACGAGCAGCGGAAGGAGAACCAAUAGUUUAUGAUGUUACUGUAGUCCAAAAAAUAGUAGAAGAGUUUCUAAGGCAAGGUCAAAGUCCAGAGAUUGAAUCACUAGAAGAGGGCAAUCAACUUCAGGAAGUGAGAAGGCCAGGAAUUUUGUCGGAUGCUUCCAAGCUGAUGGUGGCAAAACUGAUAGAUGGGUAUCUUGCUGAAAUAUCAAAGGAUCCCAACCUCCCCUUGUCGAAGUUUGUUGAUCUUGCGGAGAUGGUGAGAGGUUUCUCUCUACCUUCUCAUGAUGGACUUUACCGAGCCAUUGACAUGUACCUUAAGGAGCACCCAGGGAUCAGCAAGAGUGAGAGGAAGAGGAUUUGCAAGCUGAUGGACUGCAAAAAGCUGUCAGUUGAUGCGUGCAUGCAUGCGGUGCAAAAUGAGAGACUCCCGUUGCGUGUAGUUGUGCAAGUACUCUUUUUUGAACAAGUCAGGGCUGCUGCUUCAUCAGGCAACAGCACUCCAGACCUACCUAAAGGAAUGAAGGAUUUAAACAGUGGGUCCCAUGGGAGCUCAAGAUCUGCAACAACCAACACGGAGGAGGAUUGGGAUGCAGUAGCGUCGGCUGAGGAGCUUAGGGCCCUAAAGGGAGAGCUAGCUUCGUUAAGGCUGAGCAGCAGUGUGGGAGCGUGCAACAGGAACGGAGACAGCAAAAGCAGUGUUGACAAGGCGGCAGUAAGUAAAAUGAGAGGGUUGCUCAAGUCGAAGAAGAAGAUUUUUGCAAAGCUUUGGUCAAGCAAAGGGGUACAAGGUGAGAACAGUGGCUCCGAUUCAUCCGAGAGUCUUGGUUCUGCUAAUCCUGAAGAGGCGAAAUCCACUCAUUCCAGAAAUAGGAGGCAUUCGGUUUCUUAGUAGAACUAAUUGACAAGCAAAUAGGUUGGGAAUUUUCGAGUUUCUCCUGAUCUUUUAUGAUCUUAGCAACUAAAAAGAAAAACUGGUUGUGUAUUACCUGAGCAAAAGUGGAGUACAUAUAGUUUGGAAGAAGGGAUUUUGUUGUACUUGCAGAAAAAUUCAGGGGCUGUGAGAAAAUGAGAGAUUUAGCUAAAGAAUUUAACUGCGGUGGUGAUCCAAUUGUCAAGAGUUCCAACUCUCAUACGUAAUUGUGCUCGUCAAAUCUUUUGUUAGAUAUUUUUGCAUGGUAUAUGACUUGUCUUGCAAGAAAAGCAUUUCUCUA